CUUCCUUCGUUGUUCUUUUGUGGGUUUUUUUUUCUCUCUUCUGUCUCUGGGAUACCACCUGUAUGAACACGAGGGGUUUCCUAGAAAAGAAAACUCUGUGAUUGGCUACUUGUGAAAUUUUCUACUUAAUGAAAAGCAUCUUCUGCCACUCCUGCGUGCCUUUGACAUCUUAACCUUGGACAAGACACAAGGAAACGUUUGGAGCUCUGGGACUUUAGCCCUAUCAGUUGAAUUGUUCCUUUUUUUUUUUUUUGGACAGCAAAAUCUUGCUUUAUUCUUUUUUUCUGAUUGAAUAUCAAGAAUUAGAAUCAAACUCAAGACGACCAAGAUUUUUAGGUUUGAACUUUAGAUAUUUUAACAAAUCACUUAUUAGAGACCAACUCCAACAACCUUCAAAGAAAAAAGCAAAAGAGAUUUUGUGCUAAAAUGGGUAAUAUAGAUGGAAAGACAGUAGAAGAAUUAAGUGCCACUGAAAUUCACAGAUGGUAUAAGAAGUUCAUGACAGAGUGCCCCUCUGGUCAGCUAACACAGCAUGAGUUCAAGCAGUUUUUUGGCCUCAAAAAUCUCAGUCCAGCAUCAAAUCAAUACAUCGAACAGAUGUUUGACACCUUCGACUUUAACAAGGUAAAUGAAUAGAUGGCAUUAGUGUUUUAAAUGCUUUGAUACUCCCUGAAAUGUUUUAGAGCUCUUUUUUACAUUUUAGUAAUUAGUUCAAUUUUUAAGCUGAAGGUAAGUUAAUAUAUAUAUAUAUAUUUAAUAAAUUGAAGACGUGUAUAAUUUGUAAAUAUUUUAGAAAAAUAAAUGCUAGUAUUGAAACUAUCUGCACAACAAAAGGGGACAAUGACUCUAACGUCUGGUACCAUUAGACUGAGUGUGCACACUCUAAGCGAGUCCAUCUUUUCCAGAAUCUAUACUCUACCGGUAUGAUUCUUCCUAUCUGGAUAUCUGUUGGAUCUAAACUGCAGUGAUGUUUCUCGUUGCGUGCUAGCUUGUUCUUCAAAUAUUCUCCUCCACUGCUGUUUAUAAUAUUCUAAUGUGCUGACUCAUAAUAAUAAUUACUUGACAAUUAAAACAAUUUGUUCUGCAUGUUUUCCAUUUUUUUCCUCUUACUCUUCUUAUUCUGGCUGUAACUCCAUUUAGCACCAUUUGUUAGUGGUGAUUGAUGUCGAUAAUAUCUACCUAUCCUAACUAACCUAACUAGAACCUUCCAUAGCUAGUAUGCGUUGCAUGUAAGCAAUUGACCAGAAAGCCUUCUGUUUUUUUGUGAAUUACUUCUUUCCAAUGUUUCAUUACUACUUUCCCUCCAUAACCAGUUCAAAUGAAUUGCUGCUUAUGUUUGAUCUAGCUCAAUUAAUUUGAAACUCAUUGCAUAUACUAAGGACAGGCAUGAGGGUAAAAAUAUGAACCAUUGUAAAAGCUAUGUAAGCUAUAUGUAGGCUACUGUGUUCCAGAAUCUGGGGAGCUAUGAGAACACCAGCGUAGAAUACCAAAGUAGCUAUAUAUUGUGUAUAGAAAAAUCAAAUAGUUUUUAUAAUAUUUGGAAGUAUACUGUCCCACCUUAGUCAGUGACUUCCCUUCUUGUCCUUACCUUUUAUCCAUGAUAUCUGCCUGCUGUAAAAAGAAAUUAUUUUAAAGAGCUAGACUCGAAGUUAAAGGAAACCAGUGCUAACAAGUCAAGUUUUUGAGAUAAGUUUAAGCCAACAAACCUUUCCACCUGGGUGAAAUAGAUACUUUACCCACAAAAUGUCUGUAGAUGGACUGGUUUUAAUAUACUGUAGGCCAGUCACACACAGUAAUAAAAUCUGCCAGUAACAGCUGGUGUAUGAGCUGAUAAUAUUUAUGAUAUUAUUAUUAUAGGGUAGGAUGGGCCUUGUCAUCUACUAUAUUUGGUGGUUACGAGGGUAUUGGGAUUCCAGACAUUAAGACUUUAAAACCUAUUAAAGUAUUUCUAGGAGUACUUCAAAAUUUGGUCGAAAGUUUGCUGCCAAUAACAAAGUUUCUUCUGUACUUACAUGGAUUAUAAACAAUAGAGUUAAGGCUGGAAAAAAAAAUAUUGAAAACCCCUUCCACCUGAGGUCAGUGGCUUGCUAUUGAGGCUUGGCAUUACUUGUGGAGCACAAAUCAACAGAAUUAUGGCGGUGUGUCAAGAGCUUUGUUUAACAAUUUAUUUGCUAUGCACUGAAUUCAGAUGGAAGGGGUUUUAGGUCACUUUUUUCCAAAGCCUCCAUAGCAAGCCAGUAACCAACCUAAUGCUAAUGAGUUGCAUUACCAACAAAAUGGCCGUCCAUGAGUAGGUAAUCUUGCUUUGCUUCACUUCCUGCGUUGUGUUUCAAAGCUGUUAAAUACAGCAGACAUAUACUCCAAGGAAUCCAUGUGUAACGUGAGAUACAUUAGGCAAAAAAGUGGUUCUUUGUUGAACUUAUUUGCAUAUGCCCACCCAGAAUCCCUUGCAGUAGUAAUAUCAAUGCAAAUGUGAGAUUUCUGUGGGAAAGCAAGUCUGGCUUGACUGCUCUGUGCAGAUCUAUUUUUAACAAUGUAUUUACAAUAAUAAAGUAUACAAAUUUAUUGAGAUUUGCUUAGUUCCAGUGUACUAAAAUCAACAGUUCUUACAAGAAUAAAAAAGUAAUAUUAUGAAGCAUAUUAUGCAUAUCAUCUCCCUGCCGUAUUGAGAGGCACAUAUCCUAUACUUCCCCUGGGGAGCCUUACACUAGCACACGUUUCUCCCUCUGGGAGUAGAAGGCUUAGUCAAUACUCAUUAAUGUUUAUUCAUGUUCUUCUAAAACAAAACUAAGUGCAGUAAAAUUGAGUGACAUAGUUUGAUAAGUUUUAUUGUUGCUCUGUAUUGUCUAUUUUAUAUCUCUACCAGCUUGUACACUAAAGCUUGCACUGCAAAAAUAAAGAAUUCAAAAAAAGUUAUAUUCUUAAACAGGACUAUCCAAACUAAAGUGAAAAUUGCCCAGAAUUCAAAGUGAAUUUCCCAUUUAAGGCCAAAAAGCAUUUCGGAAUUGUUGUUUCGAGUUUGGAUAUAUUAGCCUUUAAAUUUGAAAUUCAAUUGGAAACCCUGACAUGUUAAGCAUAUUCUUCGUCUCAAUGUUAUUCAUACUGGGAUAUUUUUUAUUAUAAUUUGAUGUAAAGAGUUACUCCAACCAAAAAAAUAUUGUUUUAGGAAAACACUGAUUUUGAUUAGAAUAACCCUUCCUAUAAUUCUCUCCCCACACACACACAAAAAAAGAGAAAAUAGCUGAAAGUUAUCUCUAUUCAGGUGCCACAGCUAAGUUUCUCCUCAGUCCAGUUCUUCUCUGCUGCCAUUACUCUACUUUGCUUGAGGGGGAUGAAUAUCAGGUAGGGGAGUCUGAUGGAAGGACAUGGGCAGCGCAGAGUAGGAAGGCCACUAUUUCUGUUCUGUUGUCAGCAUGUUAUGUGUGCUGACAAAGGAUGCCUUGAAUUAACAGCCAGCCUCUUACUCUUGGCUUCCUAAUAAUGCCCCAAGUGAUGAACUCAGUAUGUGCAGCAUUUUUGAGGUGCAUAUGCAGACUGCUGGCAACAUGACAACCUAAAAUAAUCACAGUGGUCAUGGUGCUUUGAGUAAGCGUUUAAGAAAUGUUUUGUUCUAUUUAAUCUACACCUAAGAUUUGAAAAGUUUUAGGUGAAACUUCUCCAAAAAUAUUAUGUAGUGCAGUCACUCACAUUUACUCUCUCCCAAACCUUUUCAAUCUUAAUUAUCUAUACUCGUUAAACAUUUUCUCAAUGCUAUGAGGGGGGGAGGGAGAGGAGAAGAGAAGAGUUCAGCUCCAAACUCGCCCCCUCUAUCUACCUUCUAAAUCCCCAGGAAAUCUAACUACCUUUUCUUUGUUUGAAUGAAGCUGUACAUCACUCCCACACCAAUUAUAUAUUAUACUUGUGCUGCUUUCUAGGUGAUGCCAUGGUAACACAGUUCUUAAGUGCCAUUGUAUAUGUAGCUGGGAUAGCUAUCAUGGACUAAAGCCAUUUUCUUAAACAUUAGGUGCUAUUCACUAAACAGUGAUCCCUGACUAUUUCAUAAUUAGUACAUCCAAUAAAGAUUCUACAACUCAGAUUUAUUUGAAACUCUUUAACUCUGUUAUAUGGUUCUGUGCUUUGCAAAUUAAUUGUCAGUUUAUCACAAUCACAUUAAUGUUUUGUUUAUAGUAAACUAUAUAUACAAUCUAAUGGUUCUAUAAUAUUCUGGCUUGAGGAGAGUACAAUCAGCAACAUAAAAAAAAAUAAAUUAUGAAGUUUCUAAAAAAUGCAGGAAAUGAGAACAUCAGAAUUUGAUAUGAAUAAAUAUAUUCUACCCGUGUUUCCCCGAAAAUAAGACCUACCCCGAAAAUAAGCCCUAGCUGGAUUAUCGGGGUGGGCUGCAAUAUAAGCCCUACCCCGAAAAUAAGACCUAGGCAGGGCCGGCGGCUGCCGGCCCUUUAAAUGCCUCAGCCGCCUGAGCGCUCUAUAGAGAGCACUCAGACGGCUGCCGCAGUGCCUCACCUCCCCUUCCCUGUAGCGUGGCCGAGCUCCUCUCCGGUCCGCGACCCGCCCGGACUGACAGGAAGUGCACACUGGGUCUGCACUUCCUGUCAGUCCGGCCUGGCCGCGGACCGGAUAGAAGCUCGGCCACGCUACAGGGGAGGUGAGGAGAAGAUUGGAGGGGGGGGGGAGUAUUACAGGGAGGGAGGGACGAAGGGGGGAUAAUAUUACAGGGGAGGGAGGGGGGGAGCAUUACAGGAGUGGGAGGAGGGAUGGCCAUUACUGGGAGGGAGGGGGGAGAGUAUUACAGGGAGGGAGGGGAGGAUAAUAUUACAGGGAGAGAGGGGAGGAUAAUAUUACAGGGAGGGAGGGGAGGAUAAUAUUACUGGGAGGGAGGGGGGAUAAUAUUACUGGGAGGGAGGGGGAGAGUAUUACAGGGAGGGAGGGGAGAAUAUUACAGGGAGGGAAGAGUAUUACAGGGAGGGAGUGGAGAAUAUUACAGGGAGGGAGGAGAUAAUAUUACAGGGAGGGAGGAGAUAAUAUUACAGGGAGGGAGGGGGGAGAUAAUAUUACAGGGAGGGGGGAGAUAAUAUUACAGGGAGGGAGGGAGGGGGGAUAAUAUUACAGGGAGGGAGGGGAGAAUAUUACAGGGAGGGGGAGGUGAGGGUCUCUAGGGGGGUUACACAGCGCGGACACCGGCUGACAGACUGGCUCUAAGCCCUACCCUGAAAAUAAGCCCUAGUGUGUUUUUUGUGACUAAAAUUAAUAUAAGACCCGGUCUUAUUUUCGGAGAAACACGGUAUAUAAAAGUGUGUAUAUGCACAACAUGUAGAGAAAGACAGGAGAUUCUCCUUAAGCAGGUCCCAUAAUAUUCAUACAUUUGGUUAUGCUUGACAUAUUUUAAAGAGAUAAUGAGGAAGGCUAUCUAUUACAACUGUUGUACAAUAGUAGGAUGCACUUAUCUAAGAAGUCGAGUUUUAUUUGUACGGUUUAGGAUCUAGAUGGGUGCACACGUGAAACUGGUUUCUCACAUAUGAAUUUUCAGUCUCCGUUACCAAUAGCAAAUUUACACAAUAACGUUGGAUCAAACCUGGACUCUUCACACAGUCUAGCUACUUCAUUAUGUGUACUACUUAUUAAACAAAAUUUUAGCUGUUAGCUUAAUGUCUGCAAAUUAAUACGGCCCUUGCUGACCUGUCCGUUUUUUCAUUUCUUUGGGAUGAAAAGAAUCAAUGUAAAUUGUUGCCACUGUAGGUUUAUUAGGGAAAUGUGGUUUCAUUGUGUUUGUGCUCUACAGGAUGGAUACAUGGACUUCAUGGAGUAUGUGGCAGCCUUGAGUUUAGUGCUGAAGGGGAAGGUGGAGCAGAAGCUGAGGUGGUACUUUAAACUUUAUGAUGUUGAUGGGAAUGGCUGCAUCGAUAGAGGAGAACUUCUCAAUAUUAUCAAGGUUAGCAUGGGAACUUCGAACAUUUGUGGGUGACAAUUAGGUGAAAUAUGACAAUCAAAGACACCACCAUAAUAAAGACCUUACUUUUAGUAGGAGCCUUGUCAAGCAGGGCAAUCAGGCUAGUGGGUUGCUUUUAGGAAAACUGGCUGGGAUUGGCUGUUGGAUGGGGGUUCAGCUAAUACUGUUGUAGGGGGCUGAAAGAUGUAAGAGAUGACUAAUUACUAAAUGACAAUGAUAGUAUAAAAAAAAAACUAAAAAAAACCUCAUACUACUGUCCCUAAUCCAUUCAUAUAAUGGUGGCUGAACCAGAAAAAUAUAAGUGUUUGGGGGGGAUAUUUAAAUUGUAGAAAUGUAAAUGUUAAAAAGCCAUACAGGUGGCACCAUUGUAAUAGGACAUUCUUAAGAGUGCAGCCCUUUUGCAGCCCCAUUAAUAAGAGUAUGAUUCUUUUUUUUUUUUUAAAGCAGCCAGGUAAGACUUUUUAAUGAUAUGUAUUAAGGGGUAAAAGCAUUAGGCUGGGAUUGAUUUUGUCCACAUUUAGCAUUUGUCGCUUGUUAGUGAGAAAACCUGCACUCAGAAUGUGUUCUGUGUGGGAUCAGAGUGAUUGACACUUUCAUGGCUCUACAUUCUAAUAAAUACAGAAACAUUACUGAGUUGCUUUCAUGGUGCUCACUAUUUUAAACUCACCCUUUUGACAGCCAUUUCACUGUUCUAAAAUGUAACCGCCAAUUCCUUGAUUAUAUUCUAUUUCAGGCUAUCAGGGCCAUAAACAGAUGUAAUGAUGAGAUGACUGCAGAGGAAUUCACUAAUAUGGUUUUUGACAAAAUUGACAUCAAUGGAGAUGGUAAGUGAUUUUAUCUGCUUGUUAUUACACACAAAUGUUUAAUUAAUAAAACCCCUGUCCACAUUAUUCAAAAUAACUCUCUGUUAUCUGACUGCCAAUGUGGUUCAACCUAAUUUUACCCAAUUUGGCUGAGCAAAAAUAACAAGUAGAUAGUAGCCAAUGCUAAUACAAGCUGUAAUUGCAAUUGCAAAACUACAGCAAUUAGUACAUUUAUUAUAGCUAACUCCAUCUGUGUUAUCCCCAUAGGUCUGCUAAAUCCAAAAUAUCAAAACAUAUUUAUUACAUUAUUAAAAUAUUAUUCAUUUAUUUAUAUAGUUUAUUAAAUUCAUAAUAUUUUAAUAUAAUAUAACUCUGCUUGUUGGCUGCUUGAGCUGCCAAAAGUGAAACAUAGUAUAUUUCUUUAUGUACGUCUACAAGAAGUAAGUUAAUUUAUUUUGCAAAUUUAUCUGCUACUGGAUUUGUUCAGAGUGAGUCUGGCUGAAAUUCAGUUUGAUAAUAAUGCAAAUCCUAUAGUUUCUAAAGGAUUCAGAGGUAAGCGUUGCUGGUUUUGAAGCAGACACUGGGUGUGUACCUUCCAAUGAUAGGAGGUAUGGAUGAGUGGGCCACACGGGGGUGGCAACAAGUGAGCAGCAUGAGUGUGCCACAAGGGUUUGGCAACAUGUGGGCAGGGUGAGUGGGCCUCAAGGGGAUGUUACAAGUGGGCAGGAUGAGUGGGACACAAGGGGUUGGCAACAAGAGGGCAGGAUGCCAAAAAAUCAUUUGCGCUUUGACAACCUGUCUCAGUGGCCCCAUUCAGGGCAGACCAUCUUCUGAACACUUUUUAAAUGUUCAAUGCAUGGGUUCAUUGCUUGUUAUACACUUACUCUGUACUGAGUGGGUAAAUCAAGACGGGGUCUGGGUUAGCAGGGACUGAACCCCAAAACUGGACUAUCCCACUAAAUAUCCUUGCUGAUGGUAUUAAAUGAGAUGCACUUAACCCAAUUUCAACAGCUGUGUAAUUAGUAGAUAUGAGAAUUACAAAUUUGCUUUCAAUUAAGUCAUUUUAACCAACUAUUGUCUAUCCAGCCCAAAUUUGGUUCUUAUUAAACAACAAUGACAGGGUUAUUCACUAAAAAGGAAGUUGUCAGGAAAUCAAAGUGAAUUUCUAUUUUUGGGAUAUGAUAACCAUUUUGGAAAAUAACCUCCCAAAAUGAUGUGUGCAGUUUGGUUAAUUUAGAUUAAAAUCUUAAAUUGACCUUUGUGUUUGUUCACUGAGCUCCAAAUAGUAAAUAAUUUGAAUCUGAACAAUAAAAUGUAGGCUACAAUAACUGAUCUGGAAAAAGAAAUCUCCCAAAUCACUUGUAAUUCAUUAGAAUUCUAAUAGGUAGCGAAUACAUUCUGAAAUCUGAACAAUUCAAAUAGUAACGCGGAUUUUAGAGUAACCCAGUUAUUGACAUUGUCAGAGUUAUUCACUUAAGUGAUCUGGAGAAUUUUUCCAGUUCCAUUGUAUGGACCUUAAUUUUUGAAUUUGCUUUAAAAUGUAUUUAAAUUCCGAUCAUUUCUCACUUUAGUGAAAACCAUGUAAAUGUAAGGAUUACAGCAUCCACUGUUUUUAAAUUCUAUGAAUCCAAAGGAAUCAAGUUACUGUUCCGGGCUUGUUCUGUUGAUGGCUGGAGCAGAAAACAAAUGGUUCCUGUAGAUGAGUUAGUUAAUAUCUGUUCGAUAUUUUAAAAAAGAAAACACAGUUCAGCAAUCUAGCCAGACAGCCAAGUUUAAUGUUAUCAUAUCUCUUUGCCAGAAAUAACAUAAUGUUCCCCAUCAGUUUUUUAGUCCACAGUAGGCAACUUGCAUUACUUAAUAUUUCCAUAGUAUUUGAAUAUGUGCCUCCAGGUGAGGAUGUUAUGAGCACAGCUUUAAAAUUCUAUCCUUGUUAUAUUUAUACAUUGAUAAUUACAUUACAUACGUUACUUUAGGCUUCAUAUUUUGGGGAUUCGCUGUACCACACUUCAAGAAUGCUAUUCAUCAAUGUAUAGUCAACACGUAAACACACACAUCAAUAUAUAGUCAACACGUAGACACACACAUCAAUAUACAUUGUAAGUAGGUGAUUUGACUAUUAACUGCAUUGAGAAGAGUAUUACUCCAAGCAUAGUCACUGUCAAGGAAUAAUAAUAACCAGGUAAGUCAUUUUUAUAUUAUGUUUAAGUCUGCCCUCUAGAGGCAAAGAGAGAAAAGCACAACAUACAGAAAAGGUUCUGAAUGUCUUUUGUUUUACAAAAAUAUAUUUUCAAAAUAGUGAAAAUUCAAAGUGAACACAAAGUGAAUUUCAGACUUAAGGCCAGAGUAGUGGGACUUAAAGCAUAGAUGACUUAGAUAAUGUUUAACAGUUCAAGUAUUUUGGCUUUCAUAUCUAAAAUUCACUUUGAAUUCUCACUUCAGUGAAAAACCCUGGUAAUUUCAGAUAAAACAGACAAAGUAAUACCUGAUACCUAAAGCAAUUUAAUCUAAUGUACUGAUAGCUGAUAUCAAAGUAUUGAAUUAGCAAAUUCUUUUUUUUUUUUUUUAUCUGUAAACUUUUGAAUAAUAAUGAUAUCGCAAUAUUUGACCAGGACACAAAAUUCCAAAUACAUCCGUAGGUUAAGAUGUUUUUAUUAUCCAACUUAAUGGUACUCAUCUUAUUGAUCCCAGAAGGACGCAUAAGUGGUCAGUUUUUUUCUCCAAAUGUAGAACAGAUACACAUGUAGAUACACACACACAUACAUACAUGCAUACAUACAUACAUACAUACACAGACACACACACAUACAGUCACACAUAAAUACAGACACAGACAGACAUGUAUACAUACACACACACACACAUACAGAUGCACACACAUACAUACAGACACACAGACAUACAAACACAUACAGACACACACACAUACACACAGACGCAGACAGACAUACACACACAUACAGACACACACAUGCAGAUACACACACAUACAGACACACAUACAUACAUACCGACAUACAUACAUACCGACACACUGACAGACAUACACACACAUAAAGACACACAGACAUAUACACACAUACAUACAGAUACACUGACAGACAUACAUAUCUUUCCCUGGGGUCUAGUGGUGGCUCAGCCUGAUGGGAGUCAGAGUUCCCACUCUGACUGCCUCUCCUUCUUCCCACGCAUCUCACAGUGGUUGCUGGGAAGAAGUGACCGGGCAGUCACUUCCUCCCAGCCUCUGAUGUCAUCACACUGUUAAAGCACUGACCCGGCCCCCUGGAAUUACAUAGUAUCGGGUGGCAUAGGAAAGAUUUCAUGUAACUCCUUGUUUUCCCAAAAAAAUCUCUGUGGUUAGCCUGCUUGUGAAUAUGGAUUUUAUAUUUUUAUUUCCAUUUUAGAAAUCCACAUGAAACCAGAAACACAUAUAAAUGUUAUUUUUAGCCCACUCUAAUAUAGUUUGCUAUGGUCCCAUUAAGCAUCUAAUCAAGCAAUGAAAGGAUCAUUGUUAAACUUACUUUAGACACCUACGAAUAUCUGAAAAUAAAAUGCUGUACUGAUUAUCCAUGUAAAUUCAUCUUUUAGUUGAGUUAGGCCUCAAGUUAAUAUUUUUGGAAAAGCUUUACAACUGAUUUAAUAUUAUAGAUAUAUAUAUCUUUGUUUAAUUCUUCAAAGUAUUAGAAUAUAAAAAACAUAUUAUACAUAAAUAAAAUCCAUAAAUAAAAUCAAUAUCAAUAUCAAAAUCUUAAAUUAGUUUUCAAAAUAUUUAAUCAUUUUAAAAGUUUACCCAAAAUAUUAAAUCAUUUGAAAAAAUGUAUCCCAAAAUACUAAAUCAAAGCUUUUCAAAUGAUUUAAUACGGUUAAAAAAUCUUUCCCGUAGACAUUAAUGGUGAACUCUGUAGAUAAAUCAUUUGGAAAGUUGUUCUAACAGUAUUGAACCUUUAGAAAGCUUAUUAAAAUUGAUGCCUUAAUCAAUGUUUUAAAGCCAGUGAAAUUCACAGAUUAUACCUUGUUGUACGUAAAAUCUCCUUUCCUCUAAUCUUGGUGGAUAACCUUGUGUAAUCAGUACUAUUCCACUGGAGAUGAAAAGGUGACCAGAGUGAACAUUACAUGAAUAAAGAGAUAUACAAAAAUAGAAUGCAUUUGUGACCUUGCAGAAUUAUUUUCCAUCUUAUCACCUUUAUGACUGAGCCUUUUCCAAAAUCCCAUGUGUUUGUGACUGAAUCAUUUUUGGUGUUUUUUCUUUGUGUUUGCUCCUCUAUAAUGCAAUGCUUACAUAAACAUACAUAUUACAAAUUGUAUUAACUGGUCACAUAUGAAUAUGUCUGCACAGAACAACAUGAAUUAACUAUUCUAACUGUUAAAAAUUCUCAUACGUUCAGGAUUUCAAUUAAAGGAUUACCCGGUACUCCAACAACAAAAAACAGUGCUUUUUGUUUGCUUGCUGGCACUGACCCCUUUCCUCAAAAAAGGCAAAAAAUAUAGAAUAGCCUCACCUGCAAUACUAAACUGAGGCCAAGUUCCCCCUGCAGCCUGAUGACAUUUCCCCUCCUCACUGUAGGGGAUGGAUAUCCUAAGGCAACACAGCAGGGGGGAACCUGUUACCAUUGGUCACUCGUUGCAUGUUAUAUGAUGACCACGGACACAUUCUACGUACAUAUUUAAAGGAACACUAUAGAGUUUGGAAUACAAACAUGUAUUCCCAAUGUUAUAAUGUCGAGUGACUCUGCUUUGACUUAUCACCCAAUCCCAAAUCUUCUCACAAAUAAGCAUUAGGGAUGAGAAGCACAUGUGCAUCACUCCUCCAGUCAAAUACUUUACAUUGAUGGCAAUUUCACAAAACCACGUCUGGUUCAGUUAUGGAUGUGGAAUCACCCUCUAGUGGCUGUCAGGAUGACCGUCAUUAAAGGUGUAUUGAACACAUUGCCAAAUCUCCAACCUUAUAGAUAAUUUGAAAGCCUCAGGUCUGAUUAUACAAACCAAUAUCAUAUAGUGUUUACACAAAUUUAUUAAUUGCAAAAUUAUACACACAAAAAAAAAUAGUGGAUUUCAACACAUAUGUGUAUAAAUCUAAAUACAAUUUGAAAUGGAUUUCCACACAAUAACAGUACAUAUAAAUAAUGCUUGUUAUUUUAACACUAAGAUCUCAUAUCCCAGUACUCAAGUGUUUAAAAUGCCACUCAACUAUAGAUCUCAAAUAUCUGGUGUGAUAUGGUCUCAUCUUCUGUGUCGAUGUAAUGGAAAUAUAUAGCAAGGUGAAAUGAUGAGCAUUCACUGAAGAUCCAUUGUUACCGCGAUUGUAAAACUAUUUUAAUGUCUUCUUCUCUUAGGUGAACUGUCUCUGGAAGAAUUUAUGGAAGGUGUGCAAAAAGACGAGCUUCUACUUGAGGUUUUAACCCGCAGCUUGGAUCUCAAACAUAUUGUCUACAUGAUCCAAAAUGAUGGUAAAAGGAUGGACCGACUAGAUUGCCCCAGACCGGAAAUCAUUAAUGGGAAUGAACAUGACUGAGCAUAUUGAACUGGUCUCUGUGUUUGGGUUUUUUUCCCUCCUCCCUUGAUUUUGCAUGUGAGACACACUUAAACAGUGUAUACAUCAUGGACAAAUUGAGGUAACGGGUGGCAACCAAAUUCAUUUAUCCCUUAAAACCUAUGAAAGGACUGACAUUUUAAAGAUGGGUCACAGCCAUUGAAUUCAUCUGAUGCCUACACUGGUUUCAACUGGCAUGAUGGUUGAUGAUGUUCUAGAUGGCAGACAUUUGAUUCUAUCAACCAACAGGCAAAUCACAUCUUACACCAUUAUGACACGAGAAAAACUUUGAUGAUAAAUAUCAUGGUAAUUGUUUUUCUGUAGAAAAAUCUUCUUGUAAUACUAAUUCUAUUAAAGAUGAUGUCAUCCUUGGUUAAGGACCAAAUUCAUAUCCCUCCACUUUGCCCUGGAAUAUAUAUCAAUGUUGUUUCCUGGUCAGAGGACUCAGGGAGAAAGUUGUGUCUAGUGCAGUGAACUAUUGAUUGGUUUGAUAGCUCAGUAUUAGUAAAGGGUUGUGCUGUAGUUGGGUUGGGUAGACACUGGAGGUGACGCAUGCAGCAUCAGAUAUCUCAAAAUGUAAUUGGGGAUUGGGAAAUGUCACAUGUCAUGGAGACAGUAUGUGAGUACUGCAAGGUGAAAAAGAAGGAUGAAUGCUAGCAAUAAAUAGAGUACAUUGAUAUAUUAAUUUCCAAAUAGGCAGAUAUAAGUCACUAAUAUCCAUGGACUCCAACUGAACAAAAUUAAAUUACUAAUCCACUAGCUAAUUAGUAAUGUAUAGCAUUUGCAUUUAGUAUAAAGAAAAUUUUCCAAAACAAGUCUGAGCAAUUCAAAUGUUGAAAUUAGAAUAAAAUUUACUCUCCGCAUUCACCUGAUGUAGCCUUCAGUUGAUGCAAUACUGUAUUAGCUACAGACUAGCUUUAUAUAGCUUAAAACUGAAGUACUGAACAAUUCCUGAAUGUGUCCCAACAUAAAAAUAUAAGACCUUUUAAUAGUGUCCAGGACACUCAAUUUUCCAUGAAGAAGGUCCUAGCUCUAGCUACCUCCUAGUACCUCAUUCAAAAGGCAGCAGGGUGAGAUACGGUAAUUGAGUAAUAAAUAUGCCCACAUACUCCUUCCCCCAAAAUGUGCCAUUCCCCUAAAACUAUCAUUAGCAGAGUGCCAAGUGAGUGCCCAACUGUUCUCUUUCAGGGUUAUUUACUAAGGAGAGAAUUGUUGUGAAUCUAAAGUAAAUUUAAAAUUUUAGACCCAAAUAGGUGAAUUGGAGAUUUUUUUCCCCAGCAUUUUUUGCCUGAGAUUUGAAAUUCACUUUGAGUUCACUUUGCAUUCCCAAGAACUCCUAAUUUGGUAAAUAAACCCUUUUGAGUGGCUUCCAAAAGGACAAAUUGUCUGCAAAUUCAAUAAAUAAAGUCCAAAGUCAUUUUGAACACGUGGGGGUAAAUUUUAAAUUGCCUCUAGUAAAUAGACAAAUUUAAAAAAUGUUUGACACAUUCACAUAUUAUUCCUGAAUUUUGCAAUUUUGAGGCACAUUGAGAGCUUAGUUAAUAACCCCCAAAAUGACUGACUAUUUUUUUAAAAAUCAACUUUUCUGUCUAAAUCUUUUUGUCUGUCUGUUUUUAUAAACUAUAUAAUUAUUUUGGUGGAGCCUCUUGCGAAAAUCUUUAAAAUACAUCUUUGACAAACACAAUAUUGGACAUUAACCCCUUAAUGACACAACUUCUGGAAUAAAAGGGAAUCAUGACGGAAUAUUUCCGUCAUGUGUCCUUAAGGGGUUAAAUAUUAUCAUGUAUUAAAAUGGAAGAGCAAUAAUUCUGAAAGAAUUGGUGAAUAAAUCCACUGAACAAAAUACUCAGGUAUGGCAGCCCCAGCCAAAUAUUAGUCUUUCUACUUGUCAUGUCUACAUUUAUUUGUAAAUAUGUAACUAUGUUGCUUCAUUUAUAAUUAGUUCUAUAUUUUUGUAAUUUAAGAUACAAAUGUUACUGCAACAAUUGCACAAACACAUCUAUACAAAUAUUGGCUUGACUGCCAUACAAGUAGUUCUUAUAUUGUUUGUUUAAUGACUGUCAUGAAUUUGAUUUGUUUCUAUUGUAAUGAAGUCUAAAAGAAAUAAAAGAUAAAAUAUU